AUGUGCCAGGGUGGUACCCGCAGCAAACAGGACCCUAGCAAUGAAUGGUUCGCUUCUAAAGCUGGUGACAGCACCAUCAAGAUCUGGGAUAUUGCUUCUGGCGUACUCAGGGUCGCACUUACAGGGCAUAUCUCGACCAUCCGAGGGCUGGAUGUGAGCCCACGCCAUCCACUGUUGUUCAGCUGCGGUGAGGAUAAGAAGGUCAAAUGUUGGAAUCUAGAGCAUAAUCAAAGCUUCCGCGAGUAUCAUGGCCAUCUAAGUGGUGUCUAUACACUUGCCCUGUACCCUACGAUCGACGUACUUUGUACGGGUGGUCGCGAUAGAGUUGUGCCUGUCUGGGAUAUACGUACUCGAGGUGCAGUCUGUAUAUUGGAUGGUCAUACUGAGGCUGUGAUCGACGUCAAGUGCCAGGAGGCCGACCCACAAGUCUUGUCCGCAUCUUCGGAUCGAAGCAUACGCGUGUGGGAUCUCAGAGCAGGUAAAGCAACGCAUGUUCUGACGCAUCAUAAGGCAGGUGUAUGUGCUCUAGCUCUUCAUCCCGAAGAGUUCACCUUCGCAUCUGCAUCUAAGGAUAUGAUCAAGAAGUGGAAGUGUCCUGAAAGUGCUCUCAUGCACAAUUAUAGAGGCCAUCAUGGUCUUAUUAACACACUAUCAGUUAACAAAGACAAUGUUAUGUUCUCAGGCGGUGAUGAUGGCCUAUUCACUUCCUGGGAUCGGAAGACUGGCCAAAAAUUCCUGCAACAGAAGAAUAAACCCGAUUCAGGCAGUCUAGAUGCUGAGGCAGGGAUUCUCUGCAGUGCUUUCGAUAGGACAGGAAUGCAACUGAUCAUAGGGUGUGCAGACAAGACUCUCAAGGUCUACAAGGAGGAAAACACCGUUUCGGAGCCACAUCUUUUGGAUCUACAAGACUAUGAUAUCUCUGGCGAGUCUGCAGCUUACUAUACACAAUGA